UCAGUCUGUACACUGAUACGAUGUUUUGUCUGUGUACAGACCGGAGGACGGCUCGUGUUGAUUAAAGUAAGCGUGUAACCUGUUUUCUACCUUACUACGAGAGAGUGGCGCGUUAUGGGAUUUAAGAACGUUUCGCUCGUGAUUUAUUGAUCCUGGAAAUUCGAAUCUGAGAUUAUGUUUCCAGCUUUACCGAGAUACUGAUCCAGGAAGCGCGAUCCUUUGAGUAAACACCCGCCCUUCGCUGUGAAAUUAAACUGACUAUAGAGGGAACCUACAGAAUGGCAUCAUAUUAAUUGAAGAUGUCUCCCUCUUUUUUGGAUUUAAAAAUCAUCUCCAGCCAGAUCUCAGUGAUGGUGACUUCAGCUCAAGAAAACUGACAACCUGCCGUUCAACAUGAAUCUGAGAAGUAAACAUUUGGAAGCUGCACCUUUGUUGAUACUUUUGGUCAAAGUCUUCGGUUGGAAUACGCUGACUUGUCGUCCAACUGAAUAUCAGAUAGGGAAUGAAUGCUGUCCUCUUUGUCCCUCUGGAAAUCGUGUUGAAACACACUGCCUGGAGUUCAGCAGCACUUCCUGUUUGCCCUGUGUGAAUGACACCUUCAUGAAUCUUCCCACUGGACUUAACAAGUGUUACCCCUGCACGACCUGUGGUCCAGAUUCUGGUCUGAAGACAAACACUUCAUGCACAGCAACAACGGAUUCAGUUUGUGAACCUCUGGAAGGAUUCUACUGUAUAGACCGAAUAGAGAACCACUGUGCAGCUGCACAGAAACACAAACAAUGUCAACCAGGGCAGUACAUCAAACACAGAGGAACAGCCCUCACAGACUCUCAUUGCUCUGAAUGCAGUGACGGAUCAUUUUCUGAUGGGACGCUUACGUCUUGUCGACCACACACACAAUGUGAAUCACAAAACCUUCAGCUGAUGCAACCAGGAACAGCUUCAACUGACGCUGAAUGUGGACAUUUAAAAAAGACACCAACUGCAAUCAUCGUUUCAGUGGUUGUUUUGGGUCUUUUGGUGGCUGGUUCAUUAGUCGCCUUGUUUUUGCGGAGAAAACAUCUUGCAGGAAAAGGACCGGUGCCCCUUUAACCAAGGGUACGUUUGUUACUCUGUUUUUCACAGUGUAUGUUCUGACUAUGUAUGUUCUGGGAGCUGGAGGAGGGAGAGCUGAUGCUGGCGGAGGGUCAGCUGGCCCUGUUGGGACCCGCACCCAAUACUGGAGGCGUCCCCGCCCCACUUCGGAGAAGUCAGCGGACGGCGUGCCACCGAUUCCGCGCCCUCGCGCAGCGCUGAGGCUGGUGGAGGCCACAUUUGUGAUGGGGGUAUGUUGAGGUGAGGGGUUGGGAGACCACCUUCACCUGCACCACAGAGGAAAAUCCUUAUGUAAGAAUACUUAUGCACCCAACUUUUUUGUUCCACCAUGUGUCACAAUUAAGUGUAAUUAGGUAUUUUGCACCUUCAAAGUUCUGUGCAUAUUGUUGGGUCAUGGUUUUUGUGCAAACCACAGGCCUCCUUUCAGUCAAACUUGUAACAAACAUGCCGCAUGUGCUGGAGUGGACUCAAUCCCCCAAGAUGCAACAGGUUCCAUUGAUCUUUGAAAGUCAAGGAACUCAGUCUCCCAGAGGAUGUAACAGGAUGCUGCAUGUCCUGGGGUCUGGGCAAUGUCACACAAAGGUGUCAAGAACCACCAGGGUCAACUCCUAUUGGUCACUCUGGUCCAAGACCUGUGAGGUCACCGGGGCCAAUAUAAGGAGAGGUCUCCCCAAGCUCUCUCUCUUUCUACAAUCCUUCGAAGGCCAGCAGGCUGUCCAGCCUCUCUUCUCCUACAUCGCCAAGGGGGGGGGGGGGGUGGGGGCCUGGCUGAUCCAGCUUCCUUCUCUAUCCAACCCACAACCGGAGGUCAGAGGUGCAGCUCACAGCUCACCCUUCAAGGAAAUCUCCUCGCCCUUCAAGCUCUACCAAACUCCUCGUAGCGACGCGAUGUCCUGCAGGAAAACUUCAACCAGCAUCUGAGCACACCGCUCGACAGAAUCGCGAAUGCAGAACUCUACGACCACAAAGCCAGGAGACGUCCCAGAACUGCAAACUGAACAACUUCUUUUCCUCUUUCCCUCGGACUGGUAACAUAAUCUGGGCUUAAUAAUUAUAUUACGCUAAUUGAACUAGAUCUAAAUGAGACUGAUCUUAAUCAAUAAAUUGGCUAUCUUUUCCCUUCUAUGAAGGGUGGUGCCCGCGAGAACUUUAACCAAUUAAAGUUAUGAUUUAAUAUUAAUAUUUUAAAUAUUACUGUUUUAUAUUUUAUUUUGAUAACCAAAUUUAUCACCAAAUUUUGAUAACCAAAAGUAUAUCAAAAUUGGUGUGCCUAAAGGCACACCAUUCUAUGGUAACACUUUUUACGUACUAUUGCACAACAAUAUUGUGUUGAUAAAAUGGGAAAAAGUCUGUUUAAAUCUAUUUGAAUUCCAGUUUGUAACAGCACAAAAUGGAAAAAAGUCCAAGUGGGGUGAAUACUUAUGCCAAGCACUGUACAUGUGUUUUUCAGAAGCGAAACAUUUUCUAAACCACUGGUUUGGUUAUUAACAAUGUGUUUUAACAGCUUGUUAUAUACUCAGUCUUUCUAAAUAUGUCAAAUAAAUGUAAUGGAGAAUAAAAUAUAAUUAUAUAUCAGAGUAGAUGUAUGAAGUAAAAAAGUUGGAAUACAAAAGUGAAAGUGCUACAUGAUGUAAAAUGAAAAUUAAUAUUUGUAGAAAAGAAGAUCAAAUGUACCUAAAAGACGCAAAAAACCUGUUAGGUGAGCACGCAAGAUCAUUUAUGAUCCUUCUCAUCCUGCUCACCAUCUUUUCCACAGACUUCCAUCCGGAAAAAGGUUCCGGGCCAUCAGGACUAAAACCUCGCGCCAUCUGAACAGUUUUUUCCCCAUGGCAGUGGGGCUCACAAACAAGCCCCCUGCAUCACACUGACUCUGCAUCACACUGACUCUGCCCCCCCCCCCGCACAUAAUUUGUACUUGAUAUAUUAGUGGCACUAUCACCAAAUCUCUUAGCACCGCACAUGCCCAUAACUCUGGUACUGUAUAUAUUUUGUUCCAUAUUGUUGUUUUGUUGUUUUUAUAUUGUUGCUCUUAUAUUGUUGUUUCUAUAUUGUUGUUUUAUGUGUAAAUAUUGUUUUUAUAUUGCUGUUUUUAUAUUGUUGUUUUGUUUUUAUAUUGUUGUUUCUAUAUUGUUCAUCAAAACACUAUAAAUUGAAGUUAAGCAGUCUAUCAAAAAAAUCAUCUUAGGGUAAAAUUACUGCAAUUGGAACUUUUUAAAAUGAAUAAUUCAUCUCUCAGUAACAAAACACACCCAGGCCCAUAAAGAUGUAGUUUGAGUUUCCCCUUUUCAAAUUUUCCAUUAACUAGAUUUCACAUAUGAAACAUUUUCAACAGAACAAUCUCAACAGAUAUUAACAACUAAACAGCUUUAACUGUUCUCUUUGUUACCACUUCUGCUUCCUUGUACUGCCAGGAAAUAGGACUACCGUAAAGGCGAACAAAGCAGCGCAGGUUGAAAUACAAACGCUCCGUCAGAAUCUAGUAAUAAUAAUAACAGGUAUGGGUCCGUAUAGAACAGAGUCUGGGUCUGGCCCGCCUGAUGGUGACAUAUGUGUUAAUGAUCGUGGGCGAUUUGUUUCGCUUCAGCUUCACUCUUCGGGUGAAACGAUGCUCUGAUGGGGUGCAGCCACCUUAAUUUAACACAUCGACUCACAUUACGCAAUCGACGUAUUUACGUAACCGAUUACGUUGAUUACGUCGACACGUCACCCAGCCCAUGUAAACAACCUAAACCUUAAACAAGAAGAAGAAAAGGAAGAAGCUUUAAAGAGCUCCACAGAUUCAGACUAUUCAGAUCAAUAGUAAUAUUUAAUCACAAGUGAAGCUUCAUCCAAUCAGUGUAAAGUACAAAACCAGUUAUAGUUUCAUUUUCAUCGAAACGAAAAGGAAUCCAAGCUGGCAGGGAUCGUCAACAAAGUGCAACGCCGAAAAUUUAUACUGCAACAUUUUUUAAUAUUAUCACUGUUGAGUCACCAAAAUUAAUACACAGACAAACGGUAUUUUCCUGUUCAGACCACAACCCGCAAAUUAGAGAAAAUAUAUUCAGACUUACUUUGGGGGAUUUUUAUUAUUAAUAAUAAUGAACUCCACCCUUGUACAGAGUUACCUGCUACUUGUUUCUAGUUUGUUGUUUGGAUUUAAAUCAAAUAUGAUCAGUCUUUGUCUGUGUCUCUGCCAGCUUCCUGAUCCGGCCCCUUAUUUUAAAUAAAUUCGGUUUUCAUUG